AACCGGAGCCGGCAGGGCGCGGCGCACCACCACCUGCCCGACCUGUCGGGCGGCUCACACCGGGCUCCGCCGCGCACGCAGCGCUCGCUCUCCCCAGCCCGCUCCUCGGAAGCCUCUCCCCGACCCCUCCGCGCCGUGAAGCCAUGGAGCUGCUCCGCGGGGCCGCGCUCCUGCUGUUGCUCUGCGCCGCUGCCUCCGCUCAGGACUCGUGCACCUGCACAAAGAACAAGCGCGUCACCAACUGCAGGCAAGUCGGCAACGUCUGCCAAUGCAACUCCAUCGGCUCCAGCAUGAUCGUCAACUGCGAGACCCUGACUUCUAAAUGCCUGUUGAUGAAAGCUGAAAUGACAAACUCAAAAGCGGGCCGUCGUGAGAAACCCAAAGAUGCAUUCCAAGAUACUGAUGGUCUUUAUGAUCCCGAAUGCGAAAAUAAUGGUCUCUUCAAGGCGAAGCAAUGCAAUGGAACCACCUGUUGGUGUGUGAAUACAGCUGGUGUUAGAAGAACGGACAAAUAUGACACAGACUUGAAAUGCAAUCAAUUAGUCAGAACGACGUGGAUCAUCAUUGAAAUGAGGCAUGCUGAGAGAAAAGCUCCUUUGAAUGCUGAGUCUUUAACAAAACUUCUUAAGGAUACAAUUACCAGUCGUUACAUGUUGGAUGGACGCUAUAUAAGUGGUGUUGUGUAUGAAAAGCCUUCCAUUACUAUUGAUUUGAAGCAAAAUUCCUCAGACAAAUCCGCUGGAGAUGUGGAUAUAGCUGAUGUGGCCUACUACUUUGAGAAAGAUGUGAAAGGUGACUCCAUCUUUCUUAACAACGCACUAAACAUGAGUAUUGAUAACGAAGUGCUGAAUUUUGAGAAUAUGAUGGUCUACUACGUUGAUGAAGUACCACCAGAGUUCUCCAUGAAGUCUCUGACUGCUGGCGUUAUUGCUGUCAUUGUUAUAAUAGUACUAGCAGUAGUUGCUGGAAUUGUUGCUCUGGUUCUCACAAGAAGGAGGAAAGGGAAGUACGUGAAAGCAGAGAUGAAGGAAAUGAAUGAAAUGCAUAGAGGACUGAACGCAUAACUAAAAUCAGCUGAAGAGAGGGGAUGAUUCAGACAAGAAGACAACAGAAACGUUGGAGGCAUGGAUCUUAACUCUUGAAAGAUCCUUUCUGAAGGGAAGUCGAUAGUGCUCGCUUAAUGAUUGUUAAAACAAAGCCUAGACCAGCAACCGUGAUACUUCUUUUGUUAUUUGUUGAGAGUUAAAUGCCCCAUUUUUACUCUAGUCCAACUAUCACUCCCUGAUUUUUUUUUUUUUUGUAAUGAAAUGUGCUGACAACAGCUGCUACUGGGCUUCUGGAGCGUAAAAGUUUAAAUAGUUACUUUAGUCCUGCGGGAGGUUUUUUAAAAAUAAUGAUUUUUAUAGCCAUGUCAUAAUGACUAUUUGGCUCGUGUGUAACAGAACAUGGCUUUGUUUUUAUGGCAAUUUGUACAUAUUUGAACUAGCUGUAACUUUUUUUUAUGACAAAACAAUAAAACUUUGAAAUGGGCUUCUCA